AUGACGGCUGCAGCUUAUACAAUUUUGUCUGCCGGAAAGUUGGAUCUCGUCAAGAUCGUACGAGGUCUUGACCAAAAUGGGUCUGGCGAAAAUGGGGAGAAUCUCCAGAAGCUGUGGAAUAACCUUACAGAGUCAUCGGACCACCAAUUCCACGCGGCGGAGGAGAGCGCGCUGAGAUGGCUGCUCAAGUCCAUGAACGGAAACUCAUCAGAGGCGGAAACCAUACGACGCUACCCAUUGACUUGGACGAUUAUGGAUUUUGUGUUUCAAAAGAUUCCGCUCUUUUCGCUUGCCAAGUCUCUGGCGGAUAGGAAAUUUGUGGCUGUUCUGCAGCAAACUCUCAAAGAUGCAUCAAAUCCAAGCGAAGAUUCUAGUUCCUCUAGUUCCAAGAGGAAGAGGUCGCUGGCGCCGCGCUACGCCUUGGACGAAUUGAAAGGCUUGGAUGGCUGCUUGGCAACUGGUCAAGCCGUCUUUAUUGCUCUGAAAUCUCUGCUUGGGCGAUUGGGAAACAACACUGUUGGAUCACGCGACAGGAUUGGAGCCGAACACAUCAAAUCUCUCUUCAGCACAUCUGCUCUCGAAGCUGCGACAUUGGCGUCUUCCUUCUUCAUAGUCUGCCUUUUACUACUGGCCAGCGAUAUCUGUGACGAGGUCGAAGGCAAAGAGGAGUGGAUCGUAACCGUCUCGAGGAUAUGGGAUCUUCAUUUACAAGGAGACGAGGACGCUCUGGAGAUUGCAAUUCAUCUCUUUAGACCAGCGUCUGCAAUCUUGAAAAAGGUAGAGCCUUCCAUCCAAGGCCAAAGUCUUACCAUCAAUGAAGCCCUGGCCACUCGAUGGAGUGCAGAUCUUCAGAGAUUUAUGCACCGGAAUUUCAUCCUCCCCGCUCGGACAUAUUUCUGGAAUCGACAGGACUUUGAGAUCAUCAUGAAGGCGCUCGAUGUAUCAAAUGAUGCGACCAGAACUUCUGCUCCGGUACUAUAUUUCUUGGCUGCCGGGAUUUCUGACACUUUGAGUGAAAGCGAUAUGCGCAGGAUCAAUACAAUGUGGAUGGACCGGAUAUUCAAAGCUGUGGAGCAACAAAUUCGUCCCAAGGCAGACCGGAAUACUUUGAUGAAGCAGGUGUUAGCACAGGCCAUUGGGAAGUCGCUGUCUAUUGAUGCAGGAGAUUUGCGUCAAGUAUGCCGCGAUUAUGGCCUGGGAUCGGAAAUCGAUUGGAGCCUACUUGCGAAUGCUGCUACAUGCAACCCGGAUAUCUUCCAAAUGUCUGAAGAAGGCACCGCGCUUUUGAAUGAGAUUUGUGUACAAAGUAUUGGUCAAGCAUCUGAUUCAGAUAGCCACAAAGAUCAACUGGACCUCAUAUCUGCCAUAAAGAAAAGCUUCCAGACUCGUCGAGAUCUCUCUGGAUUUUUGCGACUAUGGUUUACUCAACUCUGUCUGGCUGAGAAACAAAAGAUGGUCUCUAGCAGCCCUUGGUUCGAUAUUGGACGGAAAGCAGAAGAGCGAAAGUCGAUUUCAUCUUCAAUAGAGUCCGAACUAUCACCGCAGCAGCUUGUUGUUCUCAUCGAGUGGCUGAAGGAACAAGAGUCCAGCUCGUACCCCCAGUCUCUUUGUGUCUUCGCGAGUAUCAUUGCGGAAGGCUUGCAUGGAGAGGCAUUUAUUGAUGCAGUCGGCUUGAAGCUUUUCGACCUAGUUUCUCCGCUAAAAAGCUCCUCAAAGUCUGCUUUGAAAUGGAGAGUUGUGUCCAAGACAAUCUCAUCAGCCUCACCCGAAGAGCGGAACAAUGUCUGGGCGCAAGUGAAGGAUCAGAUAUCAAAACCUCUCAAAAAAGGGACUGUCAAGUCAGCUGAAACGUUCGAAGCUCUCAAGUGCUGCUACCAAGCCUGGGAUUCGAUGAGCCAAGAUGAAGAGUCUGCUAAUGAGCCAGCCAAGCUGAUAAAGAAAUUCACGCAACGCCUCGUCGAAGAACUAGCGUCGUACGAUAUUUUGGAAUUCGCGAAAUUAUCUUCUUGUCUCGACUUGGAGGUGGCGUCGAGAUUUGACGAGGAUUUUUCAUUACAACAGUACUUGGCUUGGUAUAUUCAGGGCUCCAGUCGCUUCUACCGGCUGUACUUUAGAAAAGCAGGAGACAUCCCUUUGCUUGACGCGGUAUCUUUCACAAAGAAUGCCAGUCCUCCUGGAUUGCAUGCGCUGUGGAGUGCGCUUCUAAGCAAUGACACCAAUCUUAAUGACCCGAAGCUUUCGAGAAAGCUUGUAGACCGGUUAAUUACAGCACUAUCCGAAUCCGAGAAGGAGAAGGGGUGGCCGGGAGAGUAUGGGCAGCUUUGGAUCCGGACACUAUGCAGCGUACCAUCUGAAGCUUUUAGCCGUACACAACGCGAGCAGAUUAUGAGUAUCUUGGACAAAAGGAGAGAAAAGAUGGUCAAAUCUCCGAAGCGGGUGUCUUUGGAAGGCUGGAAGCUGGUUCUCGAUCUGACGGCCAAGAUGAUGGCGCGGCCAACUUUCAACGAAGAGAUGCAGUUCUCCAAUCUUGUUGAUUUUGCCAAUGCCAUUUCGAGUCUCUCAUUUGAAGAGACGCUGGAUGAUGAGACGCUGCUUGAACUUGUCGAGAGAUAUUUUGCCAUGUCAGCAACGAUUAUCAGGCAAAUGUCGGAUAAUUUCGAUGAGCGAAGCACGAAAUACUUCUCAGAGAGCCUCAAGUUCAUUGAAACAUGUGCGGCAGCAGAGGCGAAAAGUGACCCAUUUAGUCUUCCUUCGCUAUAUGUUACCUUAUUAAAGGCGCUUGUUGUUGAGCUUGGCCGAUCAUCAGCUCUUCAGAGCCAAUCUAGCCUCAGCCAGCUGCAGCAGAAUGCGAAGAACGCCUUGACCCAGCACGUUGCAGCAGUCCUAGGAGAGUUCAUUGGAAACAAGAAACUUCUGUCAAAACACGAUCAAUCAAAAGAUCUGGCCCUUAUUGCAGCAGUACAUGCAGCAGAAGCUAUGGAUAGUACCGCCGCGAUUUCACAGAAUAAGUCAUCGGCCGUUCAAAAGCUUGAGAAGCGGAGCAAGGAGGCCAUGAUCACUGGAGACUUGAGAGCAUGGAAGAUCCAGAUCUUCCUUCAUACAUAUCUUCCGAGCGAGUUGGAGGAGCCUCACCCGACUCAAUUUACUGCCCUAGCAAACCUACCGCCAAGAACCCGCGAGCCUCUUUUAAGGGAAUACGUUGCGUCUAUAAUUGCCAAAGCUAGCGUGCCUGAGGUGUCACGCUACCUUCAAAUGUUGAUUGGCGAAUUUACGGAGGGCUGCGAUACUGAUGGCCAGGCUCUUGCCAUUGGCCACGUCGUUGGUCACCUCGUCGAACGCACUGAUCUACAUGGUAAAAGCGAAGGUGUCGAUCUAUCGGCAGCCCAUAGCGAGCUAACACUUAGCUUGUUAAAGCAAUCGCCAAACACAACUUAUAUAUGCCAGACUAUCCAGACGCUUCUUGAAAAGAAGCCGCAGGCCAUGGGACAGUGGAAUAUCGAAGUAACCUUGACUACGGUCAACGACUUGGCUUCGACAAAGCCUACAAAUGGCCCAACAGUGUCGUUUACCUGGCUAUGCAAAUUAAUCGGAACAGUUAUCAAAAAGCACCGCUUACGAUUGGAAGGCCACCACCACUUGCUACUGACGACUGUGCAAGCUUUGCUUAACAACCUAAUCAUCCACCAACCAAAGAGCGCUGGAGACGGCACAACGCAAGAGUCAAUGGCCCGUCUGUACGGCCGGCUCAUUACCUUUAUCUGCGAACCUACCGCAGGAGCCGUUUCCCGUUCACAGCAUCAGAACGCCUUGGACUCGGCAACAGAUGCAGCCAAGCGUUCUGCCGGGUGGCACGUUUACAUGGUGUUGAUGCAGUACGUGAAGCUGCAGCUUGAGGCCGAUGUCCCGAGGGAGGUUCGUGAGGCUCUUGAGCCGGCGAUGAAUUCUAUUUUCGACGUGACGCCGCCUGAGGUGAGGAAGAUUCUUAAUGACGCCAUGGAUGCUAGCGGAAGAGCUAUCCUGAGAGAGAUGUUCAAGAGAUAUGUCAAGUUUGGAAAAUGGAGUGGUGUAUAAUGUGCUGGAAAUAUAGUAUAUAGGUGGAAUUAGCUACUAUUAGGAUAUAGGUCUAGACAUUACAAUUGUAUAUAUGCAUACAUACAACUCGCGUAGACAUUUCUACCUAUAUUAUCAAAUCAUGCGAAAAGAGGAUAACAACGAAAAUUGCUUUACGCUUGACGCUCCUGACCUUCCUGCUUAGCCUUGCUGGGGUGACCAUGCGUCUUACCAUACUUUCGUAUCUUUCCAUGCAGAUCAGGCUGAAUAAAUAUCCAAAGAAAGCUAACAAUCCAUGACAUGAUGGUAUCAACAAACCAGUUAUUGCGGAACGAACCACCCAACAUUCCCCAUUUCAUAAGCGCACCAAGCCAUGCCACAGUAACAAAAUAUUCACCCCGCUCUAGCCCCUUGAUUGCAGAGUCUGCGACUUCAUCAGGAGUCUGCUGGGGGUCGCUAGAUUCCAGGAUUCUCGUAAUCUCAGGUGUGGUGAGAAUCUCGCGGGCAUAUCCAGGCGAAAGAAUAGUUCCAGGGAACACCAUGUGGACUUUGACGUUCUGCGGGUACAUCAUCACCUCCUGGGAUAUGGUAUCCGCCAAGCCUCGCAUAGCCCACUUGGAAGGCGAGUAUGGCGCGUAGCCAGGGAUGGUAUACAGCGCCAGGACACUGCCAGUCAUGAUGAGAUGCUUGGCCUCCUUCUCCACGGGAGCGUCAACUGCCAGCCAUUCCUUGAGGAUGGAGUGGGACAUUUCGGCUGUGCCGUAGAAGUUGACGUCCAUCUGGCGGCGCAGAGAGGACAUGUCCAUGUCGACGAACAGCUCUGGAGUGGACAUUCCGGCGAUGCACCAG